AUCAAUUUGGUUGCUGCUUAAAUCAUGUGUACUCGCAGUUUGAUCCAGAAUCAAUCGUAAACACAACCACUAAUAAUGUCACAAGUGCUCGGCGAAGCCACCAACACCACCACUUCUAUCCUUGAGACCGCUGCCUCCGCCAUCCAAGGCUUCGGUCCCAUCAACCAAAUCCACCAACAUCUCUGCGUGGCUGGAGUACCUCAUCUCGGAGAACCUGUUCCUGACGCUGCCAGACGAGGAGAAGCCACUCUGUGGCACUCCCACGAGUACGAGGUUAAGAGCGGGGUGCUGUUCAUGCCGGGGAUCCAACGGCUUAUCCAGGGGCAGGACAUGGAGAAAGUGUGCAAGACUCAUGGCAAGGUUUUCCAUUUCUGGCAGGUGGACAAGGGCGACAAUUUGCCUCUGGGGCUGCCUCAGCUCAUGGUGGCCCUCACCAGAGACGGUCAGCUCCACGAUGAACUCGGCAAGAAUGUGGAGAAGCAGUUGGGGAUAUCUUUGGCUGAGGAAAGAGGGAAGCGAGAAUACAUGAAGGGGACGACGAAUGGGAUUCAUCCGUUGGCUAACGGUGGUGGGAAGGGGUUUAAGACGGAGCUGAGGGAGACGGAGAGCAAGCCUGCUGAAUCUUUGCUAUAGUUUCUGUUUAGAAAGCGAAACUCGGAUGAAGUACCAAAUGGUUCCCAUCAAGUUAAAGUGCACUGCUUUUUAAUAAGAAACGGUGUUGUAGUUGUUGACUUCUCUAAUAUAAUAUCUGCUGUUAGCUAUGUGAUUUAGUGAUAGUUAUUUGCACUCUUAGUUAUGUAAAUAGUUAUAUAAAUAAAAUAUUUAAUUUAAA